AUGACCGUGCUGGGGGGAUUUCCAACCAGCGCGAGUGUGUCACUUGUCAAAAGUAUAGUUACCAACCCGAAUACAAUGCAUACGACUGGGCAUCAAAUGCACCAGCUUCAUGCACCUACUGUGUGCCUGCCACCGGCGCUACGAACACGCGAAGUGGAGCUGCUAGCAACCGCUGCGAAUGCUCUGGAUGCCGGAUUAAGCUUGUCUGUGGCAUGCUUCAGUCCAGCGGUCAGCGGUCACAACGCGCAUAGCAUUCACAGCCUUCACAGCCUUCACAGCCUUCCGAACGGUUUGAGGCAGUGCCGAAUGAAUGCGAGAGACGUCAAACUACUGCAACUUGCUACAGAUAUCCCGGGGGAGUUGUGCUCUGUUACGCCUGCGAACCGCCACAAAGAUGUCUAG